AGUAUAUUUCUCCGCCCUCAUUUCGUUCCUAUAACACUUACGCAUUAACUUUGUCAACUAUAAACUCAGUUUAAUUUAUUUUGACUAACAAAACUUAGAUUUUAGUAUCUAGUACAAUAAUCUGUUGUUUUUAGGAGAAAUAGUAUUUAGUUCAUAUGCUAAAAUAUUACACUUGUACAUUUUUGUAUUACAUUUGUCUCAUCAUUGUCAUCGAGGCAAGGACAAGAACAAAGGAUUAUGAUAAAAACUUGGGCGUGAAAGCAGUAACAAGACUGUGUGGUAUGGAAGGAGAGGAAUGCAUGGAUGAUUUCAAUUGUUGUGAAGAGUAUGAAUGUAGCCCUGAUUUACAAUGUCAACUUAGAAAUGCUAGAAAUAAAAUUGUUGGAUCUUAUCAAAAUUUAUGUGUAGCUGAUUAUGAUUGUCCACCAGGAUGGUGUUGUGAAGGCAAAUUAUAUGCACGUCGUUGUACACAAGACUGUAGUAGAAAAACUGAACCAGAUGUUGUUCCAGCUGGAAGUUAUUAUGGACGACAAUUUUGGAAUUUAUGGGCACAUAAACGUCAUAUGGAUCGUAAUCAUUAUUGAACAUUUGGUGGAUAAAUCAAACAAAAAUAUUAUUCUCUUAUUUAUUCACUAAAGAAUAUUUGAAAACUUUAAUUUGGUUGUGAUAAACAGUAAUGGUUGUGAUAUAACCGGUUGUGAAUAAACUUCAUUUCAUUUGAAUUUUAGAAGAAAGUUUAAAACUGUGUUUACUUAUAAAUCAAUUAAAUUAUUCUCAUUACCACUCAGUAUUUAUCAGUUAUAUUUAUAGUGAAACGCCUCUCAGUCAGUCAUACAUAACGAAGCAUCUAUCAUAUGUGUAUUAGUCCAAGUUACUACAUCACAUUAGUAUAACGAGUUGCCAGAAUAGUGUCAGUAAUGACAGAAUUAGUGGUAGUAGCAAAUAUUAAGUAUCGAAUAUAUAUAUCAAGAAGUAUGGAUUGGUGUGAUAUAAAGGAAUUUUUAGGUUGAUUGUGAAACUUAUGUUUACAAGGGAAACAAAAACUUAAUACACAUGCAGAUUGUGAAAUAUUACAACCCAUGUCAACCAAAGUCUCUAACGAUUGUACGUGAUAACCGAGAUGAAAUUAACCAGGUAAUCUCCAGCUAAAUAUCGUUUCUCAUCCCAAAAGUCAAUGACUUCAUAAACAGCCACUAGCUGUCUCCAACUUACUCCUACGCUGGCCAUUAUAAUAGAUCCAGGAGAUCAAUUCCAGAAAAGUUAGACAAUAGGAACGCUGUCUCUAAAAGGAUAUCUACAAAAGGUUGAAUAAAACUUUUGAAAACAAACAACUCAGACGAACUCCACUUCAGUCUACCGUGUCCCAUGAUUGUUCAAUAUAAGCUCUGUUCAAGCACAGAGUUUGUACAAGGCUGCUUUACUUCUUUCUUUGGUAAGUCAUACUUCACGUUCUUUUCGAUAACAUUUGGGAGGAAGAACAAGUGCUGACGGACUGAGAAAAGGAUAUCUCGCCAAGAUACCAAAAAGGGGAUCUGAGUACAUGUGAAGACUACAGAGGCACUACACUACUGUCGGUACCGAGCAACUUUUCAAAAGAGUGUGGCUUAACGGGAUGAAAGACACAGUAGGCGUUCGGCUUCGAGAUCUACAGGCCGGAUUCUGUAAGUAUCAGUCGUGCACAAACCAAAUCGUGACACUGCGGAUCAUCAUUGAACAAUCAGUCGGAUGGAACUCGUCACAAUACAUCAACAUCCUUGACUGAGAGAAAGCAUUUAACAGUCUGGGUAGGAAGGCACUAUGGAAACUUCGACACUAUGGAGUACCUGAGAAAAUCGUCAAAACCAUCCGGAAUUCAAACGAUGCACUACAGCGCAAAAGCGUCAAUGGAGGACAGUUGACAGAUGCAUUCCAAGUAAGGAGCGAAGUCAGACAAGUUUGCUUACUCUAUCCCUUUCUCUUUAAUCUGGUGGUCAACUGGAUUAUGAAGACCUUGACAUCUGAAGGGAAGGAUGGAAUUCAAUAGAUAGGUUGGAUGCAACUAGACGAUUUCGAAUUCUGUCUCAUCCACACCAAUAAAUACAGGUCAAGACGAUCAGUGUAGCAGAAGCCCGUGCAUCAGUAGGCCUCAACAUAUACAGAGGAAACAGCAAGAUCCUCAAAUACAACACGGAGAACACCAACACAAUCAUACUUGAUGGAGAAGCUCUGGAAGAGGUGGAAAGUUUUACGUAACUGGUCAGGAGCAUCAUCGAUGAACAAAGAGGAUCAGAUGCAAACAUAAAGGCACGGAUUGGCAAAACGAUGACAAGAUUCCCACAGUUGAAGAAUAUAUGAGACCCAAAACAACUGUCAACCAAUAUCAAAGUCAGAAUCUUCAAUACGAACAUCAAGACAGUUCUACUGUAUGGAGCCGGAACUUGGAGAACUACUACAAACAUUAUCAAGAAGGUGCAAGUAUUUAUAAAUAGUUGUCUACGCAAGAUACUCAACAUCCAUUGGUCGGAUACCAUCAGCACCAGCCUACUGUGGGAGAGGGCAAACCAGCUUCCAGCUGAAGAGGAAAUUGGGAAAAGACGCCGGAAGUGUAUAGAACGUACAUUCCGGAAAUCCUCAAACGGCAUCACGAGGCAGGCGGCAACUCGGGAUCUUGAAUGGAAAUGGAAGAGAUUAAGACGGGACACACUGCAUCGGGAAUUGUAGGUAGACAUCAAUAGAAUGAACAGCAAUUGGAAACAACUGAAAAGGUUUGUUCUGGACUGGCGGGGUUAAAAAGUAAGUAAUUUACUGAUAAAUAAGGAUAGCUUUAUGUUCAUUCGGUAGUUUACUUAAAUACCAUAGUUAUUGAUCUCCAGGUACAGAUCUAUUUGUUAAUUUUUCUUAUUCUUAAUUUUGUCUUAUUUCAUUAUAUUUACUUGCAUCUCUAUAAAACGGCCAAAUAAUACAAACAUUUCAGCCCUACCGAAGGAUAGUCGGCACUUAGUUGGUUUAUUGUUAACGUUUUUCACUUUAACACCAAUUGACAAGACUUCAGAUUCCACACUAAAUAUCAUGACUUUUGAGGCUGAAUGGAUCACCGAAGAAACAAUGAAAAAAUGGAAAUCCUUAAUUAGUAGUAAAUGUUGUACAACUUGGUAGUUAUUAUGACUCAGCAGUCGAAUUUAAAGAGCUCUAAUGAGAUGAGUAUCGUAUGUCGAUUUUUCAUGGAAACAUCUAAACUGGUAUAUAAGUACAUUCAUGUGAUGAGUUCUGAGACCUGCUUUCUGGAUUCCACUACUAUCCACUAUCCAGAUGACCAGUUUAAACACAUUACAUAUUUUAUACAACUAUUCUAUUUCACAGACGAAAAUAACGAAAAUAUCUUUAUUUAUGCAUGAGGUCAAUGUAAUAUUAUUGAAAAUGAAGGUCAUUACUCAGAUCAACAAUGAAUUGAUAUUUUAAUGUGUCUUAAUGUAUAUAUUAUGGUACAUCAUUCAAUUUUGCAUUAUAUUAACUUGCCUCUAGCAAAUUGUCCGACCUUUUACUUGAGAAAUACAAUUGGAUACAAAAUACAGCUUGAUAGGUAAAAGAAUUAAAUGAAACUCUCUCUUAUAAUAAAUAUAUAUAAAAAAAGAUGUCGAGAAAAAUUCCAGUUUAACCCAAUGAUGACUUUUCCAUAGAUGUUAUUCAUCACCGUUCCUUUUUCCCACAGUCUAUUUUAAACUCAAGAGGCUCAGUUAGUUGAAAAAAUAUUGAAUAUUGUCCUGAUACCUAGAACCUGGUACAACGUCUUCUGUAGUGUGUAUAUUUGACCUUAUUUUAAGACAGAAAGUCAACAAAUCCAGUUCAUUUAGUAAUCUAUUCAUUGGUGAUAUACAUUUUCCUCCCAAAUAAGUGAUUAGCUGCUUAGACGAAAUUUAUUCUAAAUUAUUAUGUAUUCUCAUGGUUAUCUACUAAAUUUCCAAACGUUGUAUUUAGCAAGUUUCAGAAUUCUUUUUACUAUUUGUGUAACCCUAUACGGCACUACUUUAGGUGAGAAAAAACACCAAACUAGAAAGUCGUUCAUUUAACAAUAAAAUUGAAAAUUGAUUUAUUAUAGAAAAUGC